AUGGAAAGUGGUUAUGACAGUUCGGCGCGGUGGGAUCAUGAGACGACAAAGAUGUUGUUCGAAAUGUGCAUGGAAGGCAGAUGGAAGGAAGUGGUUGAGAUCUAUGAGAAGGAGAAGAGAGCUCACACGGCAAAGAUAAAGAGGGGAGGCGAAAGCGCGUUACACCUGGCAGUCACCGACGGCCAAGAGGAGGUGGUUUUAGAGCUUGUGGAUCUGAUUAUGAAAGCGGAGAGUAAGGAAGAGGCUCUAAGAAUCCAGAAUAAGAGGAGUAACACGGCAUUGCACCUUGCAGCUUCCAUGGGGACUAUCAGAAUGGUUCGGGUCAUUGCUCAUGCUGAUCCCGAGCUGGUGAAUUUUCGAAACGUUGAUGGCGAGACCCCUCUCUUCCUUGCUGCUUUCCAUGGAAGAAAAGAGGCUUUCAUGUUCCUUCAUUAUACAGGGACUCCCAACUACUAUAACUGCAGAAGAAGUGAUGGUGACACCAUUCUUCAUUCUACCAUUGCUGCCGACAAUUUUGAAUUAGCACUGAUAAUAAUUCACCUUUAUGAAGAUCUUGGGAAUUCGAAGAAUAAAGAGGGAGCCACACCUCUCCAUAUACUUGCCUCUAAUUCUUCUGUUUUCAAAAGUGGUAGUAGAUUUGGCCUAAUAGAAAAACUAAUUUAUCAAGGUAUAAGCGUAGGGAAACUGGAAGUAGAUGAAAGUGAUUAUCUGCCUCCCUAUGAAACGAUUGACAAUGGCAAAACUAAAUAUCCAAAAAAUUAUCAGUCAUGCAUGGAUUUUAUGAAACUGACGAAAAAUACAGUCUCAUCCGGGAACCUUGAAGCACAAGAAAGAAUUGCUUCCGAGACAAACUUGUUAGGACAAGAAGCCGAAGCUUGGACGCUUCCGUCGUUAUUUCCCGCCAAUUACAAAUGCUUUGCUGAUUUUCUCAAGUUGGUAUUUAUGAUUAUGCUGGUGAUAGUAUUUGGAAAAGGUUGGUCCUCGUCGUAA